GGCCAAAGAAUUGUCAAUAGACGUGCACUACAUAACCCCGGAAAUGCACCAUGCUAACGGCCAGGUCGAGCGUUACAUUCGCACAGUGCUGAACAUGAUACGCAUCGAAACUAACCACAAGAAAGCCGAGUGGUCGAGUUCUCUCUGGAAGCUGCAACUGGUCCUGAAUAUGACCAAACACAAAACCACACAAACAUCUGCUCUGAAUCUGUUGACAGGUAUCAAUGCUGCUACUCCUCUAAUACGUUCGCUCGUGCGCGAUGUAGCCGUCCAAGGACAGGCGCCAAAUCGCGAGGCAUGGCGCGAACUAUGUCGCAACAGAGCUACCGAACUGUUGCGGAGGAACCAGAGGCGCCAGGACGAGUACGCCAAUCAACAACGGCGGACCCCUUCUACUUACCAGAUCGAUGACUUGGUGUUUGUCAUCAAAGUUGCGCAGUCCACCGGCAAAUUGGACUCCGGCAUGCGCGGCCCGUAUCGCGUAAUACGCGUUCUACCGAACGGAAGAUACGAGCUGAAGCUGUUGGCGGGAGCUUACGGGAAGUCGACUCAAGCUGCGGCGCAACAUAUGAUACUGUGGAAAGGGGAAUGGUGCCCUGAAACAUGUGCAGCAUUUUUCGAUGAUGAUGGAUCAUGUGAUGAUGCAGCAGAUGAUAACACGAGCAACGAGAGGCAGAGUGCAGAACCAAGAGAGACUCGUCCCCUUCAUGUACGAGACGACGCAGUUGCUGGACCUUCGAGAGAAACUUGAACUGGCACCGGGACGUUGCACCGUCAAGAUAGGCCGUAUUAGUUGAUAAGUUAAUUAUUAUUUUUUUUGUAAGGCAACAUCCCACCACGAUGGGUAUAUAAACCGGUCGGUUGUGAGUUGCGGGCCAUUUCGCUCUUGGACUUGGGACCGUAAGGUGCUACCCUGCUUGGUGAGAUCUUUCCUAAUUAUUUUCUUUGUGCUUUCAAAUAAUUGUUAGAAGUGUAAUUUUUGUCUUGUGAUUGCUAAUAUUACUA